GUUGGGAGCUGUUGUUUAAUGGGUACAGAGUUUCAGUUUUGCAAGAUGAAAAGAGUCCUGGAGAUUGGUCACACAACAUUAUGAAUGUACUUAAGGCUACUGAGCUGUACACUUAAAAAAAUGGUUAAGAUAGUAAAUUUUAUGUGUAUUUUGCCAAAAUUAAACAUUUCUAAAAGAAAUACAAUUUUGAAUAAGUAUUUUUUAUAACUAGCCUUCCAAUAAGAACCCACAGUUUUGCUGUAAAACAGAGGCUGCAAAAUGGUACAUUAUACAGUUGCCAACAUUUGAAAAAUCCAGAUAUUAUAUAUAAUAAGCAGGAUUUCAGACUUCUUUUUGUUGUUGUUGUUGUUGUGUUUUUUUGGUUUUUUGUUUGUUUGUUUGUUUUGAGACAGAGUCUCACUCUCUUGCACAGGCUGGAGUGCAGUGGUGCAAUCUCAGCUCACUGCAACCUCUGCCUCCUGAGUUCAAGCAAUUCUCCUGCCUCAGCCUCCCAAGUAACUGGGAUUACAGGCACACACCACCAUGCCUGGUUAAUUUUUGUAAAGGCUUCUUUGAAAAACAGAAUGAUCUGGUAAUGUGAGCCCAGGUGUGUCACCUGGCAACCAUCAGCUGGAGCUGAGCAGCACCUGCCACCUUUAGACAGAUCAUGCGCACUAUAGUUUCUCGUGACCCCCACCAGCUUUGAUGUGUUACACCCUGCCCAUUUCACUCACUGGUCUUGAACUCCUGGGCUCAAGGGAUCUACUGCCUGGGCUUACCAAAGUGCUGGGAUUACAGGCAUGAGCCACUGUGCUCAGCCUAAUUUUUUAUUUUUUCUAGUGAUGGAGUCUCACUAUGUUGCCCGGGCUGCUCUCAAACUCGUGGGCUCAAGCAAUCCUUCUGCUUCAGCGUCCCAAAGUGCUGGGAUUACAAGCAUGAGCCACCUUGCCCGGCCUCCUAUGAUAGAAUUUAAGCAUUCAGAACUUUGUGUAUUUAAGGUACUAAAAUAACAAGUUAUUUGGCAAUUCCCCUGAAACUUUCACCUAAGCCCUAACUUCCUCAGUGUAACACAAAGGUGUCAGGGGGAAUCAGAGAGAACUGUCUCAUAUUCUCUGGGAAGAGAAAGCUCCUGCCAGAACUCAGCUUCUUUUCUGAGAACACCAUUUUAAAAGGACUUUGACCAAGCCAAUUGUGAUUCCUACCUCACUCCUGAUAGAUUUUCUAAAGUGAGCCAAACUUUUGCAGUCUUAAGGAAACAUUUCCCAAGGAAAACAUUUCUCAAGUGUGCAAAUCAGACACGUAUAACCGAGAAUCCAAAACUUCAGCACAAACAAAACCAAACGUGGUACUAGAAGGCCGCCACUGAAAUCCAAGACUAUCUUUAUCUUUCCAGUGCAGAGCUGGGAUUGCAUAUGUAUGAAAGGUGUGUCUACCUCCCAGCUGCCUCUACUUCUCAUACACAACUGCACCUAGCUUUGGAAAAGUGUUCUGGGCAACAAUUUGUGUUUGGUACCAUCUGUUCUUGAUGCUCAAGACAGGCCUGAAGUCAGGCUUCUAGGCUGCCAACAUAGAGUCACUCUGGGAUGCUCACUGAAGCACUCUAUUAAAAACAAUGGGCCACAUACAGCUCCAUCAUAUGUGCCCAGGCCAGGGAAAAAGGAAGCGUAUGGUCUAGGAGAGGGCCUCAUUUGCGCCUUUCUGGGAUUACAGGUCUGAGCCUAAGGAGCAAAGGCUGAUUCCCCUAAUUUCAUGGCCUGCCCAAGGUGUGAAAGGACACCUCCACCCUUAUGGGACACAAAGGAGAGGACACAUCCAUGUAUUAUGUAUCUGUGACAGAUAUUUAUUGGUUGCCUUCCAAGAAUCUGUGUCCCUCUUACUAGUGGGACCUCACAUUUCUCAGCUCUGCACUUGAGGUGGGAUGAGGGUCACCUCUAGCUCCAGGGAGAGCCAAUCAGUAUAUACCACACCCUGGUCACAGUUCAAGGAUGAACAUGCGACCCUUGUCAGAAAGAGACUGAAUUUGAAAGCUUUUGAUUAAACAAUCAGAAAAGCACAGCUUGCUUUUUCCUACUGCUCAUGAACAGAAUACAUAUAGAUCCAGGAGUCUGGACAUCAUUUUGAGACCUCAGUGGGAAAGCUGCCCAAGGAAGGAGUCAAGGAAGAGUCACUGAAGCCAUCAAAAUGUAAAAGAGCCUCCAUUCCUGGACUGUUUGAUUCUAUGAGCCAAUACCUUCACUCUUUAUCUUCAACAACUUUAGGUUAGGUUUUUAGUCACUGGCAACAGAAAGGAUCCUAAUCAAGACCCCAGUGAACAGAACUCGACCCUGCCAAAGCUUGGCAGUUUCCAUUUUAAUCACUAUCUUCCCACCAGUAUUUUCAAUUUCUUUUAAGACAGAUUAAUCUAGCCACAGUCAUGGUAGAACAUAGCCGAUCUGAAAAAACAUUCCCAAUAUUUAUGUAUUUUAGCAUAAAAUUCUGUUUAGUGGUCUACCUUAUACUCCUUUUUGCACACAUCUUUUAAGAGGAACUUAAUCUUCUGAUUUUAAGAAAUGCAAAUGUGGGGCAAUGAUGUAUCAACCCAAAGAUUUUCUUUGUAAUAGAAAAUGUUUUUAAAGGGAGGAAAUAGUGAUUUUUAUUAUUAAAAGAUAAAAGUAAAUUUAUUUUUUAAGAUAUAAGGCAUUGGAAACAUUUAGUUUCAUGAUAUGCCAUUAUUAGGCAUUCUCUAUCUGAUUGUUAGAAAUUAUUCAUUUCCUCAAAGAUAGAGAAUAAAUUGAUGGGGGAUGCAGUCUUGUACUAUGCACUUUCUUUGCCAAAGGCAAACGCAGAACGUUUCAGAGCCAUGAGGAUGCUUCUGCAUUUGAGUUUGCUAGCUCUUGGAGCUGCCUAUGUGUAUGCCAUCCCCACAGAAAUUCCCACAAGUGCAUUGGUGAAAGAGACUUUGGCACUGCUUUCUACUCAUCGAACUCUGCUGAUAGCCAAUGAGACUCUGAGGAUUCCUGUUCCUGUACAUAAAAAUCACCAACUGUGCACUGAAGAAAUCUUUCAGGGAAUAGGCACACUGGAGAGUCAAACUGUGCAAGGGGGUACUGUGGAAAGACUAUUCAAAAACUUGUCUUUAAUAAAGAAAUACAUUGACGGCCAAAAAAAAAAGUGUGGAGAAGAAAGACGGAGAGUAAACCAAUUCCUAGACUACCUGCAAGAGUUUCUUGGUGUAAUGAACACCGAGUGGAUAAUAGAAAGUUGA